GUAAAGAUUUAUUCUAUUGACUCUGAGACAUCGACUUGGUGUUAAGGUUUAAAAGUCUUCAAUAAUCUAUUUGAAGCAUAUCACAAGGAUAUCUAAAGGACUUGUCAAUACAAAAAUAAAAGAUGUCAGUAAACCCGGGCGGUCGGAGGCUGAAACAGUGGCUAGUUGAGCAGAUCCAGAGCGGUCAGUAUCCGGGGCUGCUCUGGGAGGACGACAGCCGCACUAUGUUCCGCAUCCCCUGGAAACAUGCUGGGAAGCAAGAUUACAACCAGGAGGUCGACGCUUCUAUCUUCAAGGCCUGGGCUGUGUUUAAGGGGAAGUUUAAGGAGGGGGAGAAGGCUGAGCCUGCUACAUGGAAGACCAGGCUGCGGUGUGCCCUGAAUAAGAGCCCUGACUUCGAGGAGGUGGGAGACAGGUCCCAGCUGGACAUCUCUGAGCCCUACAAGGUGUACCGCAUCGUCCCCGAGGAGGAGCAGAAGACAGGUAAAGGUGCAGCAGCAGCUUUGACAUCUAGCCCUGGUGACAUUACUGACAUGGACUGCAGCUCUGCAGACCUGGAGGAGCUCAUCAAAGAGUCUUCCAGUGAUGAGUACCUUGGCAUCGUCAAGAGGAGCCACUCUCCCCAGGAGGAUGGCUGUAGGAUGCAGCCCAGCCCAGAGUACUGGUCCCAGGGCAGCGUCAGUGUCUUCCCGGGGCAUCAAGAUCCCUCGCCGAUGGGUUCUUUCAAUGCCGCCUUCUCCCAGAUGAUCAUUAACUUCUUCUAUGGUGGGAAGCUGAUGGACAGCGUGGUGACAUCUCAUGCUGAUGGCUGUCGUAUCUCUCCGGAUCAGCCUCCCUUGGUACAGCACAGGUCCCCCUACGGUCUCGCAGACAGCCUGCAGAACGUCCGUUUCCCUCCCGCUGAGCUCAUCGAUGUUGAGCGCCAACGCCAUGUCACCCGCAAGCUCCUGGGCCACCUGGAGAGGGGCGUGCUGGUCCGUGCUAACCGCGAGGGCAUCUUCAUCAAGAGGCUGUGCCAGAGUCGUGUGUUCUGGAGUGGGCAGGGGGGAUUGGGCCCCCACUACAGCCAUGGGGGGCCCUGCAAACUGGAGAGAGACGCUGUGGUCAAGAUUUUUGACACAGGAAGGUUCUUCCAAGCUCUCCAGCUGUACCAGGAGGGACAGCUUCCCGCACCUGACCCCAUGGUGACCCUGUGUUUCGGGGAGGAGCUUCAUGAUCUCAGCACAGCCAAGAGCAAACUUAUCAUCGUCCAGGUCACUCCAGUGAACUGUCAGCAGCUGUUGGAUGCGGUGAGCAUGCGUCGUUCCCAGUACAGCAGUCCUAACCUGGAGAUCCAGUCAGACGAGCUGCAGGCCGGGGAACAGAUGGCCAGGAUCUACCAGGACCUGUGUAGCUACACCGCCCCCCAGAGGGCAGCCUGCUACAGGGACAACAUGCCCAUCACCGCCUGAACAGAGCACCUUCCUUCACUCCCCCUCAUUGAUAUAACAAGAAAGGACUGACAUGAAAUAUUGUGAAAUAUGUCACUAACAUACACUUCAGCGUCUCACACCUCUUAGCCCUUGCUUACACCAUUCCAAUGCUUUUCAAUUCUUCAGAGCCAAUGAGCAAGAGCAUACUUUGAUGAAUGGAGAAAGCCAACAAAGCCAAUACUUGCAAGGUGUGAACUGAUAGGACACAAAGCUAUGCAGCUUGGGUGUUACAGAGGCACUGUGUGUCAAGAAAGGGAAUUACUAUACAACCGUAUUACAAAUGGUGCUGUAAAGGUAUUAAAAGGUUUACUCAUCAAAUGUACCACCCCAGUAAGUAUACCACAUGUUUCCCCCAAUCCAGAAUAAAAACACAGUAAAAAUGUGUCUGUCUUGUAAACCUACUAUCAUCAAUGUUAUCACUAUUCAUUUUUAAACAACAUGUGGUUAAUUUACUACAGCAGUAAAUUUGAUUGAAUAAACAAUGAAGUGUUGAAUGUUAUAUUAGAAUUUGUGUCUAUCAAUUGACUAGCUUUUGUCAGAUUUCUCACCUGCUUUUAAUGUAUUUUUUAUGAUGGAAAAUGUGAUUGAUAUUCAAUCCAAUAGUCCAUACUAGUCAUCAUAUCAAAGUGUAUAUACAUUUAAACAUGUUAAAUCAGAGGCCAGUAUAACUGUAAAAUGUCGAACAUCCUUAAAAUGUUUAUAUUUUUUCUAUUUGUACUCUAGAAACAUAUUUUUCUUAUACUGUAUGAGAGAUUUUAUUUGAUAUAGAUAGGUUUUACUAUCGUAUUCUGCCCACUGUUUUACUCUCUCUGAAUUCAUUUUUCAAACUUUGAAAUAAUAUCAAACUUUUCAGUGAAUCUCUUAAUUUGGCUUGUAUUUUAUUUCUGAGCUGUUAUACAGCAAUAUCUAUAAAGUCACAUACUGAAAGUAUCAUUGUUUGAGGCUUUGAUGAUGGCUUGAAAACCACAGCUAAAACUAUUCAGCACACAAUAAACCAGAAUAAAUUGUAAAAUUACAUAUUU